UGCUUAUUCAUAUCUUGAUGCAGCUGCACGUACAAAGAAUUACAGUGGAGCUGAACUGGAAGGUGUGGUCAAAAGUGCAGUCUCAUUUGCCUUGAAUCGGCAAAUAAGCAUGGAUGAUCUUACUAAACCUUUAGAUGAGGAGAGUAUAAAAGUUACAAUGGAUGACUUUUUGCAUGCUCUGCAAGAAAUUGUCCCUGCCUUUGGUGCAUCCACAGAUGAUCUUGAACGAUGCAGGCUUAAUGGUAUGGUUGACUGUGGUGAGAGGCACAAACACAUUUAUCAAAGAGCUAUGCUUCUUGUGGGGCAAGUUAAAGUAAGCAAGGGCAGCCCACUUGUUACUUGCCUUCUAGAAGGUCCAAGCGGCAGUGGUAAGACAGCGAUGGCAGCUACAAUUGGCAUUGACAGUGAUUUCCCCUAUGUUAAGAUAAUCUCAGCAGAAACAAUGAUUGGUCGCAGUGAAAGCAGUAAAUGUGCACAGAUUGUUAAGGUAUUUGAGGAUGCUUACAAAUCUCAAUUAAGCAUCAUAAUUCUGGAUGAUAUUGAAAGGUUGUUGGAGUAUGUUGCUAUUGGGCCACGCUUUUCGAAUUUGAUUUCACAAACACUAUUGGUCCUUCUGAAAAGGCUUCCUCCGAAGGGUAAGAACAUGCUGGUAAUUGGAACAACAAGUGAGGUGGGCUUUCUGGAGUCUCUUGGCAUAUGUGAUGCUUUCUCUGUCACAUACCAUGUUCCAACUCUAGACAAGGCAGAUGCCAGAAAGGUUUUACAAGGCCUCCAUGUAUUUGCUGAAGAUGAUAUUGAUUUAGCAGCUGAAGCACUGCAUGAUAUGCCUCUGAAGAAGUUGUAUAUGCUUGUGGAGAUGGCUGCACAAGGAUCCAUGGGAGGAAGUGCAGAAGCUAUUUACUCUGGAAAAGAAAAGAUUAGCCUAAACCAUUUCUAUGAUAUCAUGGGUGACAUUGUGUCCAUCCGUCUUUGAGAAUUUCUAUAUGUUACUCAUAAGCAGUUUUUUUCACAAUAUAAGCGAGGGUGGUUCUUCCUUCCUUCCUGCAUUCCUUUCUUUCCUUUUUUUGUGCUGAAUAGGCCCAACUACUAUAGUAAAUGAUCUUUGAUAAUGUUUGAGUGUUGACUGUUGUGAUGAUAAAUUUUAUUUUAUAUUCUUUUGGUCAAGAGAAACAGUUUGCAGCACUGAUAUGUACUCGGAAUAUAAAAUUAAUUGAAAUUAGGCUUUCUUUCGUAUUAUUAUUAUGAGAGUCA